AUGUCCAUACAUCCGUCGCGACAAGCAUAUGUGGAAGAAGAGGUAAGCACCGUCUCCAAUACCAACUACCAGAUCCGCGACCCGAAUACUGGCCAGUCGCAACAUGCAUCGACCGUGUUAGGUGAAUUUGCCCGAAAACGCAGAGCGAAUGCAUUAGCAGUACCCACCGACGAUGCCCGCGUGCGGCAGGAGCUUCGAUCACGAGGUGAACCCAUUACUCUGUUCGGCGAGCGUAAAGAAGAUCGUCGUGACCGAUUACGAGAAUUGCUGUUGGGUGAGCAGGAAGGCGGCGCUGCGGACGAAGAUGAAUCGAUGGCAGAUGCCGAUGAGGAUGGUGAGGGCGACGAAGAAGGAGAAUUCUACAUUGAAGGCAGCCAGUCCCUGCUCGUCGCCAGAAGAGACCUCGCAAAAUACUCGCUGCCCAGAGCCACGAAGCGACUCGCAUAUCAGAAGCAGGAAAGCAAGAUCCCGGUCCAGUCGCAUGUCAAGCAUCGGAAAGCGAUCAAAGAAAAGCUAGGAGGCGUCGAGCUCUUUGGCAGUCAGAUUGCGAGUGAGAGGCCUGUUAGUAUCGUUCGCUUUGCACCGAAUGGCGAGGUGGUGGCCUCUGGAGAUUGGGGAGGCAGUGUGAAACUGCUUGACGUGCCCAAUCUGGAAUCCAAAAUGGUACUACGUGGACACACGGGAAUGGUUGGAGGCAUCUCGUGGUUUCCAGGAGCAACAUUAUCUGGCUCUACAGUGUCUCCCGAUAGUCUGAACCUCGCUACAUCCGCUGCCGACAACGAAAUUCAUCUAUGGUCACUCUCGCAAGACACGCCAAUAUCAACGCUAGGCGGCCACAGCGCCCGAAUCUGCCGGAUUGAUUUCCAUCCCUCAGGAAAAUAUCUCGCAAGCGCAAGCUACGACACAACAUGGCGAUUGUGGGAUGUGGCGACCACGACAGAGCUGUUGCUUCAGGAAGGUCAUAGCAAAGAAGUCUAUACGGUCUCCUUCAACGAAGAUGGCAGUCUUGUCGCUUCAGCUGGUCUCGAUUCCAUAGGUCGCAUCUGGGACAUGCGAACUGGCCGGACUGCUAUGAUUCUCGAAGGUCACGUCGGGCCCAUCCAUGCCAUGGACUGGAGUUGUGAUGGGUAUCGAAUAAUGACCGGAAGUGCCGAUGGUUUUGCAAAAUGCUGGGAUAUGCGCGCUGUACGCGAGACUGCAAGUAUCGGCGCUCACGUUGGAGGAGUGUCUGACUUGAGGUGGUACAAAGGCACUGAUGGUCCGCUCUCUGGCCAUCAAUUGCAAGCAGAUACGGCUAUGACCAACGGAGAUAGUAACGACGACAGUACAUCACAGGUGCAGCCCAAGAAGGCUGGGACAUUCCUGGUCAGCAGUGGCUUCGACAAGGCUGUGAACAUUUUCUCGGCGGACGACUGGGCGCUGUGCAAGUCUCUGACUGGCCACGAUGGUACUGUUCUUUCAGUCGAUGUCACAACGGAUGCAAAAUUCAUCGCUUCGUGUGGCCGCGACCGCACGGUAAAGCUUUGGGCGAGAGACGACAUGGAGGGCAUUUGA